AUGCUGACUUCUCUAUAUAGGCAUCAUUCCAAAUUCUUAACAAAAUGGACCCACAUAAGAUCAGUGAGUCAAAGCGCACAGAACCCGAAGACUGCUAUAAUUAUGUUAAACAUGGGCGGACCACAGAGUGCAGACCAGGUCCAAGAUUAUCUUUUGCGAAUAAUGACAGAUCGAGAUAUGAUCCAAUUACCAGUACAAAGUAAACUCGGUCCAUGGAUAGCAAGCCGACGGACUGAGGAAGUUAAAAAGAAAUAUAUGGAAAUUGGUGGGGGUUCCCCCAUUUACAAGUGGACAGAUUUACAAGGUAGACUCUUAACGCAAACCUUAGACCAAAUGUUGCCCGAAUCAGCACCACAUAAACACUAUAUAGCAUUUAGAUAUGUACCACCAUUCACUGAAGAUGCGUUUAGUCAGUUGGAGAAAGAUGGCGUCGAGAGGGCGAUCAUAUUUUCCCAAUACCCCCAAUACAGUUGUGCCACGACCGGCUCAAGUUUGAAUGCGAUAGCUGACUUCUAUAAGAACAGACCAUUACCAGAUAUAAAGUUUUCAUUGAUAGAAAGAUGGGCGACAAACAGACAUCUAGCAACUGUUUUUGCGGAGAGAAUCAAAGAGAAACUGAAGCUAUUUGAUAGGAAAAUAAGAAAUCAAGUGCUAAUAUUGUUUACGGCACAUAGUUUGCCGUUAAAGGCGGUAUCCCGCGGAGAUACUUAUCCCCAUGAGGUGGCAGCUUCAGUGUCAGCGACCAUGUCCCAGCUUUCCCUACCAAAUCCCCACCGGCUCGUCUGGCAAAGCAAAGUUGGGCCUUUGCCAUGGUUACAGCCAUAUACCGAUGAUGCGAUAAAAGCAUAUGCAAAGCAAGGCUGUAAAUACAUAAUCCUAGUGCCCAUAGCUUUUGUCAACGAACAUAUAGAAACUCUGCACGAGUUGGACAUAGAGUAUUGUGAUGAAGUUGCUAAAGAGGCGGGUAUAACCCAAAUAGAAAGAGCUGCGGCGCCCAACGACCACCCUACAUUCAUAGCCGCCAUGGCGGAUGUCGUCGCGAACCACAUUGCAAAAGGGCCAGCCGUUUCCUUACAGUACUUGUCUAGGUGUCCUCACUGCGUUAGUGAAAGAUGUAAAAUGUCAAAGGAGUUCUACAAAAAGCUAUGCAAAUAUGUAGAUACAGAACCGAGUUUAACUCAAACU